CUGCUCCAGGUUUCUUGCGCAGGAGCGGAGGGCGUGGCCCCACAGAAAAACAACUCCAAACGGAGCUGCGGAGAGCUUAUGAAGGAGGCGGUAUCUGUUGAAGCAGGCAAAUGAGUAAGGAAAAAAGGUUCUUGUGUAAAAAUGAAUGCAUGCUUGGUCAGGUGGAUGUUUUUUUGUUGUUGUUCUUUUUUUCCCCACAGUGCAGCGGCAGUAACUAUGUGAUUUCCUUUGGAGGCCCAACACUCCCAGAGCUGCAGAGGCUUGCUCCUGCCGCCACAUGCCUCACAACGCAGACAUUCCUGCUCAGAAACAUACCUGAGGGCUGGACCACUUUCAAACACCCUGGUUGUCGCUGUCCGUUGCCCCCAGAGAGCAGCCACCGUCGGGGCGUCUGCAGCUUGUUGCCCUCCAAGAGGCAACAGCAGUAAACCAGAGAUCAGCUGUCUGUAAAUUUAGACUGUCAGAACCAGACACUGGAGGAGCCAUGGAGCCCAAACUUUGCUUUGGAAGCUGUGCUAGAUGUGGGGAAGCCGUGUUCGCUGCAGGAGGAGCCUGCAAGGCGAUGGGACAUUUAUUCCACAACACAUGCUUCACCUGCAGCGUUUGCAACAAAGAGCUCAAAGGACAGCCGUUUUUCACCGUGUCAGGACAAAUCUACUGUGAGGAUGAUUUUUUGUUCUCUGGAGUUCACCCAUCUGAAGAAACGUGUUACAGCUGUGGAAGUUCAAUCACAGAUCUGGUUCUGCAGGCCCGGGGGAAAUCAUACCAUCCGACCUGUUUUCGCUGCGUGGUCUGCAGACAGGAGCUGCAGGGUCAGGCCUUCGCUGUGGACUCAGACUGCAGGGUUUACUGUGUCACCGACUAUCACAGGGUCCUGUCUCCCCGCUGUGGUGCCUGCAGGAUGCCGAUACUGCCUACAGAGGGAUCUGCAGAGUCAGUUCGAGUGGCAUCAUGUAACAAGUACUAUCACGUAGAGUGCUACGGCGGUGAGGUCAGCCUUAUUUAAUGGGGAUGAGUGAAUUAUUGUGAUAUUUUAU